AUGGAUCUUGGUCUUGCCUGGAACAGGAUCCAAGUCAUCGAGUCAGCAUUCUAUGUCGCAAGCCAUCUUUCACAAAGUAUUGGUGGUUCUGUGAGCCCUCUAAACGUCAGAGGAUACGGCGAGGAACAACCAGACAUCCCGUCCAUUGAGUUUCUGACUUGGAUGUUGAAUGAUCUUGGAGGCGACAGAUUCGGAUCAUUUGUAUUGGACUACUUCAAACACGUGUCUCGAUCAACACUUAAGCAUAUGGGACUGUCGCUUCUUCGCAAGACUGCAUCUCCCCAUGACACUGUCCUUUACACGGUCUGCGUCAAUUCAAUGGCCUACAAGUUCAUAAAUUGCCUGUUGAUGGAUGAAGAUGAUGGCGAGCUCUCCCAGAUGCUACGGGAACGCGCUUCGAAGCCACCCUUUGCGGUGGUUUGCGUCGAUCUCCGCCUCCAUGCAGCCGCCAAUUCGCAAGGUGUAACUGAAGAAGAGUACUUCUGCGCCAUGUGGUGCUAUAUGCUUGACAGAAACUAUGCCUGGAAGCUUGGAAGAUCCGGCGGUUUCGUCACCCUUGUACCAGGCAUCGAUGAUAUUCCAGUCUCUGAGCUUUUCUCCAUUUACAUGGAGUUGGCGCAUGUACAAAGUGUGCUGAUUCCCUUCCUCAAUGACGAAUCUUUCUCGGAAAGAGAAACGGCAGGCCAAUCCUUUAGUCAUGCGCGAAUCCAGUUAUUCCUGAAAAUGGAUAGAAUUCGGCGCAAGAUAGACCAGGUCUCACCUCCCUCGCCGCAGUGGAAAGGCCUGGAUGUCCGCUGCGAAGUCGCGGCGCUUGAUUUCGGUUAUCAUUCAAUCAUGACCACCAUCCUGCACUUAACCCAAGUGAACUCGGGUGAGAUCCAUGGCGCUGGAGAGCUUUACCUCCAGUCAGCUCGCCAGGAACUCUCGGCACUGGUAUGUCUGUGCCGACCAAGCGAUCAGCAAAGGACUGCUGCCUUUCUGCACUGGACUUUGCUCUACUAUCCUCUGACCGCCUGUUUCGUCCUGUUCUGCAACGCCGUCGCGACAUCCCAUCUAGGCGACUUUCACCUUUUAAAGACGGUCGCGAACUGCUUGAUACAAAGCGGGACAGUCAGUCAACCGAUUGCCACAUUGCAGCGGCUGUUCCAUGAGUUUGUCUUGCUAUCCCAGACCUUCAUCAGUGAACCAGGCUCAUUGGCGCCUGUAGAUGACGGGGUUCUCGAGAAGCGAUCCAACCUCACACAAGGACCCACUCCUCAUCGUAGCUCAAUGUCCCUGUACGGGAUAGACUCUGCACCUGGACAGGAGGCGACGUUAUCAGGUGUAGACGACUAUUUCUUCAGUUCGUCAUCUUCUGUGUUCGAUCAGAUGCUGUCUCAAGGCGAGCUGGCAUUCCUCAGUGAAUCACAUUCUGAAGGAAACCUCGCUAGUGAGAUGUAUGGCUAUCAGCAAUGUAACUCAUGGUCCAGUUGA